AUGGCCGGCUCAAUCACCAAACCCAAGAAACCCAAGUCCAAGCGAACUCCCGUUCGUCUUCGCCACAAGAUCCAAAAGGCUUCUGCCGCAAAGCAAAAGAAGGAGCGCAAGCUCGCAAAGAAGAACCCAGAAUGGCGAACAAAGCUAAAGAAGGAUCCCGGUAUCCCUAACCUCUUCCCAUACAAGCAACAGGUGCUGGAAGAGAUAGAGUCCAAUAGAAUCAAGAAGGCAGAGCUGGCGCAAAAAAGAAAGGAAAUGAUCAAGGCCGCGAAGACUGGUGCCACCGACGAUAAUGCCAUGGCCGGCGUUCAAGACGACGAUGCUGAUCAGAUGGAGGAGGACGAUAUCGACGACGAUAUCGACGAGUCAAACCCCAUGGCUGCUCUUAUCGCCAGUGCUCGCGCUGCUGCCGCUACUUAUGAUCGCCAGCUGGCCGACGACGACAUGGACGAGGAUGACGAGAGUGAUUCCGACAACGAUCACGGCCCUGAGAUGUCAAUUGGGGAGGCCUCAUCAAGGAAGACUUACGACCGGGUCUUCAAGCAGGUUGUAGAGCAAGCUGAUGUCGUUCUUUACGUCCUCGACGCGCGCGACCCCGAGGGCACCCGUUCUCGCGAGGUUGAGCGUCAGAUCAUGGCCUCGCCAGAAAAACGUCUAAUCCUCAUUAUCAACAAGUGCGAUUUGAUUCCUCCCAAGGUUCUCCGAGACUGGCUUGUCUACCUGCGCCGUUACUUCCCUACUCUGCCUCUCCGAGCUUCUGGCGCUGCUCCCAACGCACACACUUUCAACCACCGCGACCUGACUGUUCAGAGCACCUCUGCUACACUCUUCAAGGCCCUCAAGAGCUUUGCCGCUAGCCGACAACUUAAGCGUGCUGUUUCAGUCGGUGUUAUUGGUUACCCUAACGUGGGUAAGAGCUCAGUCAUCAACGCUCUUCUUUCAAGGAUGAGCGGAAAGGGUGGCAGCUCUUCAAAGGCCUGCCCUGCCGGCGCAGAGGCUGGUGUUACUACGAGCAUUCGAUCAGUUAAGAUUGACAGCAAGCUUACUCUUCUCGACUCCCCCGGUGUCGUUUUCCCCUCGUCCUCUUCGACACAGUCUGCCGGCCUAGUCUCCCUCAAGAACGCUACCGAAGCACAUGCUCAUCUCGUCCUUCUCAACGCUGUUCCUCCCAAGCAGAUCGACGACCCUGUCCCUGCUGUCACCCUUCUCUUGAAACGCCUUUCUGCUUCUCCCGAUCUCAUGCAGAAACUCACAAAUGUCUACGACAUUCCUGCCCUACUACCUAACCGUGCUGACGGCGAUUUCACGACCGAUUUCCUUGUUCAGGUCGCCCGCAAGCGAGGUCGUCUAGGUCGCGGUGGCAUCCCCAACCUUCCUGCCGCCGCUAUGACAGUUGUUACUGACUGGCGAGACGGUCGCAUCCAGGGAUGGGUUGAGCCUCCCGUUCUUGCUGUCGGGUCUACAGCCACCGCUACCAAGUCAACCAUCAAGAACGCUGGCGAGAAUGAGGUCGCCCCUGAUCAGAAGCAGAUUGUCACCGAGUGGGCUGCUGAAUUUAAGCUCGAGGGUCUUUGGGGCGACAACAGCGCUGACGUAAACGAGGCAAUGGAGCAGUAA